AUGGCUUGGUCUUCAGGAACAGGACAAUGUUAUAAAAGCACUGGGGCAGGCAAAUCCUUGCAACCCGAAUUGACACCUCAUCUCCUACUUCCUCUGCGGGAUGAACCUUCCAAAGACCACCACCUUGUUAGGAUUCAGUCACCUGGGAAUGGCAAUGACCACCAUCAAAAGACUUCGUCACCAGGGAAUCACAGACUCAAUGUGCUCCAUCCACAGUGCCAACAUAACAGCCUGACCACUCAUCUCCUACUUCCUCUGCGGGGUGAACUUUCCAAAGACGACCACUGUAUUAAGACUCCGUCACCUGGCAAUGGCAACGACCACCAUCAAAAGACUUCGUCACCAGGGAAUCACAGACUCAAUGUGCUCCAUCCACAGUGCCAACAUAACAGCCUGACCACUCAUCUCUUACUUCCUCUGCGGGGUGAACUUUCCAAAGACGACCACUGUAUUAAGACUCCGUCACCUGGCAAUGGCAACGACCACCAUCAAAAGACUUCGUCACCAGGGAAUCACAGACUCAAUGUGCUCCAUCCACAGUGCCAACAUAACAGCCUGACCACUCAUCUCCUACUUCCUCUGCGGGGUGAACUUUCCAAAGACGACCACUGUAUUAAGACUCCGUCACCUGGCAAUGGCAACGACCACCAUCAAAAGACUUCGUCACCAGGGAAUCACAGACUCAAUGUGCUCCAUCCACAGUGCCAACAUAACAGCCUGACCACUCAUCUCCUACUUCCUCUGCGGGGUGAACUUUCCAAAGACGACCACUGUAUUAAGACUCCGUCACCUGGCAAUGGCAACGACCACCAUCAAAAGACUUCAUCACCAGGGAAUCAAAGACUCAAUAUGCUCAUAAGGUUUUGAAACUCCUUACGUAGAAUUGUGGAAAAUCCAGACUUAACAAAUUGACCCCUCAUCUCCUACUUCCUCUGCGGGAUGAACCUACCAAAGACCACCACCUUGUUAGGAUUCAGUCACCUGGGAAUGGCAAUGACCACCAUCAAAAGACUUCGUCACCAGGGAAUCACAGACUCAAUGUGCUCCAUCCACAGUGCCAACAUAACAGCCUGACCACUCAUCUCCUACUUCCUCUGCGGGGUGAACUUUCCAAAGACGACCACUGUAUUAAGACUCCGUCACCUGGCAAUGGCAACGACCACCAUCAAAAGACUUCAUCACCAGGGAAUCAAAGACUC